ACCGUGGUUGCUCUCGUUGCAGACGAGCGGGAGGCCGUGCAGAAGAAAACCUUCACCAAGUGGGUGAACUCCCAUUUGGCUCGUGUCACCUGCCGCAUCUCCGACCUCUACAUGGAUCUCCGGGACGGGCGGGUGCUCAUCAAGCUGCUGGAGGUGCUGUCAGGAGAGCUUCUGCCCAAGCCCACCAAGGGUCGGAUGCGGAUCCACUGCCUGGAGAACGUGGACAAGGCGCUGCAGUUCCUGAAGGAGCAGAGGGUGCACCUGGAGAACAUGGGCUCCCACGACAUUGUGGACGGCAACCACCGCUUGGUCCUCGGCCUCAUCUGGACCAUCAUCCUCCGCUUCCAGAUCCAGGACAUCAUCGUGCAGACUCAGGAGGGCCGGGAGACGCGCUCUGCCAGGGAUGCGCUGCUGCUCUGGUGCCAGAUGAAGACGGCGGGGUACCCUCACGUAAAUGUCACCAACUUCACCUCAAGCUGGAAGGACGGGUUGGCCUUCAACGCCCUCAUCCACAGGCACAGGCCUGAGCUGGUUGACUUCCAAAACCUGACCAAAUCCAACGCCCGGCACAACCUGGAGCACGCGUUCAGCGUGGCGGAGCGGCACCUGGGCAUCACCCCCCUCCUCGACCCCGAAGAUGUGUUCACGGAGAACCCCGACGAGAAGUCCAUCAUCACCUACGUGGUGGCCUUCUACCACUACUUCUCCAAGAUGAAGGUGCUGGAGGUGGAAGGCAGGCGUCUGGGCAAGGUCAUUGAGCAUGCCAAGGAGACGGAGCGGAUGAUCGAGGGCUACGGGGGGCUGGCCUCCGACCUGCUCACCUGGAUCGAGCAGACCAUUGCCUUCCUCAACAGCCGCAGCUUCGCCAACUCGCUGGCCGGGGUGCAGCACCAGCUGCAAGCCUUCAGCACCUACCGCACCGUGGAGAAGCCCCCCAAGUUUCAGGAGAAGGGGAACCUGGAGGUGCUGCUCUUCACCAUCCAGUCGCGGAUGCGAGCCAACAACCAGCGCGUCUACACCGCGCACGAGGGGCGCCUGGUCUCCGACAUCAACCGG